CACACUCUCUCUCUUUCCUUACAGUUCACGCCAAAAGCCUGCUCCUCUUCCCCUCUCUCUCUCCUUCUCUCUAAAAACUGUGCAUCAACAGCGGCAGCAGCAGCAGCAGCAGCAGCAGCAGAGAGAAGAGACACACUGAUAGAGUGAUGGAAAUAAACCAACACUUCUUCCUCUUCUUCAUCUCUUAACUUCUGCAUUUCCCCUUCUUCAACUUCAACUCUGUUUUCUUUCUCUUUCACUCUUCAUCUUCUUUCUCUUAGUAUUUUGCUUUCUUUACAUUCAGCCUCUGAAGCUGAUUCUAGUACUUUUACUAGUAGAGAUGAAGAUACACAUUAAGAAGUUGAUUCUAGUAGUACUCUUCUUUACUGUAACUGCAAGUUUCUUACCAUUUGUGACUUCGUCCUUCUCUAUUGAAGGACAAGCGUUAAAAUCGAUUAAAGCAUCACUGAGUAAUUUUGCUAAUGAACUGCUUGAUUGGGAUGACGAGCACAUUGGAGAUUACUGUUCUUGGAGGGGAGUUUACUGUGAUAAUACUAGUCUCUCUGUUGUUUCACUGAAUUUGUCGAGUCUAAAUCUUGGCGGGGAACUUUCACCUGCUAUUGGGGAUUUGAAGAACUUGCAGACUAUAGAUUUGAAAGGCAAUCGGUUAAGUGGUCAAAUUCCAGAUGAGAUAGGGAAUUGUUUAGGGUUGCAGUAUUUGGAUUUAUCUGCGAAUGCUCUAUAUGGGGAUAUUCCGUAUUCCAUUUCUAAGCUCAAGCAGCUCGAAUUAUUAUCAUUGAAGAACAACCAGUUAACUGGUCCUAUUCCUUCGACGCUGUCACAACUCCCUAUCCUGAAAACUUUGGAUCUGGCCCAGAACCAGUUAACCGGAGACAUUCCUAGGUUAAUCUAUUGGAAUGAGGUGCUGCAGUAUUUAGGCCUGAGAGGGAAUUCUCUAACUGGUACACUAUCUCCUGAUAUGUGUCAAUUGACCUGUCUCUGGUACUUUGAUGUGAGAGGCAACAAUAUAACUGGUACAAUCCCUGAAAACAUUGGAAACUGUACAAGUUUCGAAAUCUUGGAUAUUUCCUACAAUCAAAUCACAGGGGAAAUUCCUUACAAUAUUGGCUUUUUACAAGUGGCUACCCUGUCGCUUCAAGGUAACCGGCUGACUGGAAAGAUUCCUGAGGUGCUCGGUCUGAUGCAAGCCCUUGCUGUGCUUGAUUUAAGUGAGAACGAACUUGUUGGACCGAUUCCUCCGAUUCUUGGCAACCUGUCUUACACUGGAAAACUGUACCUACAUGGUAAUAAACUCACUGGACCAAUUCCUCCAGAGUUGGGAAAUAUGUCAAAACUCAGUUACUUGCAGCUGAAUGAUAAUCACCUAGUUGGUGGAAUUCCAGCAGAGCUUGGAAAGCUAGAAGAAUUAUUUGAACUGAAUCUUGGGAACAACUUUCUUGAAGGCCCUAUCCCAGAAAAUAUCAGCUCUUGCACAGCACUGAAUCAGUUUAAUGUUUACGGCAACAAAUUAAAUGGCUCCAUCCCUUCUGGAUUCAAGAAUUUGGGAAGUCUAACUUACCUAAAUCUCUCUACAAAUCAUUUUAAAGGACAGAUACCUUUGGAGCUUGGGAGAAUUAUAAAUCUUGACACACUUGAUCUUUCAAGCAAUAAUUUUGCUGGACGGGUGCCCUCUUCCGUUGGUGAUCUGGAGCAUCUACUUACCUUGAAUUUGAGUAAGAACCAUCUCAAUGGUCCCAUGCCAGCCGAGUUUGGGAAUCUCAGGAGUAUCCAAAUUCUGGACAUGUCAUUCAACAAUCUCUGUGGAAAGAUACCCGAAGAGUUGGGUCAGUUGCAGAAUAUCAACUCUUUGAUUCUUACUAACAACAGUUUUUAUGGGGAAAUUCCAUCACAAUUGACCAACUGUUUCAGUCUAAAUAACCUGGAUCUCUCCAACAAUAACCUUUCAGGACUCGUUCCUCUUAACAAAAACUUUUCAAGAUUUCCAGCGGAAAGCUUUUCUGGCAAUCCCUUGCUAUGUGGCAAUUGGUCGCGUUCAUGUUUUGGAGCCUAUGUUGAAGGAUCUAAAGGGCUUGUAUCCAGAGCUGCAGUUUUGUUGAUAAUAUUUGGCUGUAUCUCACUACUAUUGAUGGUUAUAGUUGCAAUUUAUCGAUCCAAUCAACAAAGUCUGUUUUUAAAGGGGUGUGAUAAAACACUUGAAGGUCCACCAAAAAUGGUAAUUCUUCACAUGGAUAUGGCAAUACACUCCUAUGAAGAUAUCUUGAGCAUGACUGAGAAUUUCAGCGAGAAGUACAUCGUUGGUUAUGGUGCAUCGAGCACAGUUUAUAAAUGCGUGCUGAAGAACUCCAAGCCGAUUGCCAUCAAACGUCUCUAUACUCAACAUCCACACAACACGAGGGAGUUUGAGACAGAACUUGAAACAAUUGGCAGCAUCAAGCACCGGAAUCUUGUGAGCCUACAUGGAUAUUCACUUUCACCCAAUGGAAAUUUGCUCUUCUACGAUUACAUGCAAAAUGGUUCCCUCUGGGACCUUCUUCAUGGAGCGGGCAAAAAAGUAAAACUUGAUUGGGAUGCAAGAUUGAGAAUAGCAGUUGGAGCUGCUCAAGGACUGGCUUACCUUCACCACGACUGCAAUCGGCGUAUCAUUCACCGCGAUAUCAAGUCUUCUAAUAUUCUCAUUGAUGACAACUUUGAAGCCCAUCUCUCAGAUUUUGGUAUUGCGAGAUGCAUCUCAUCUUCAAAAACCCAUGCAUCAACUUAUGUGAUGGGAACAAUAGGUUACAUUGAUCCUGAGUAUGCCCGGACUUCUCGACUCACCGAGAAAUCUGAUGUGUACAGUUUUGGUGUUGUUCUCUUGGAACUACUCACUGGCAAGAAGGCUGUUGAUAAUGAAUUCAAUUUGCAUCAACUGAUAUUAUCCAAAGCCGAUGACAAUACAGUGAUGGAGGCAGUUGAUCCUGAAGUUUCUGUUACUUGCAUGGAUUUGAACCUUGUCAGAAAGACAUUUCAACUUGCAUUGCUCUGCACAAAGAGGCUUCCUUCAGAAAGACCCAGCAUGCAUGAGGUAGCACGACUCUUGGUCUCUUUACUUCCAGCUCCUCCACCAAAGUCAUCUUUGGCUGCUCCAAAACCAAUCAGUUACACUCAAUUAGUGGCUACAGCAGAAACCAAACAAUCGCAGCCACAACAAGAAGGUAAACGUGACAACAAUUCAUCUGAUGCUCAAUGGUUCCUAAGAUUUGGUGAAGUAAUUUCUAAGAACAGCCUCUAAUCCCAACUUACGUACAUUAUUAUACAAACAUAACAAAAUUAACUACAGAAUCUGUGAGAUCCCAAAUUUUGUUGCAAGUUGGUUGUUUUCUCUACAGUAUGGGCGAAUAGAAUGUGGAUGGGUAAUCACUGCUAAGUUUUCAUAUUUUGGUCUACAUUUUUUUUUUGUUGGGAGUAGUUUUUAAAAUGACUUCAGUGGAAGUCAUUUACAGAAAGGGGAAAGUAGGGUGAAAUGGUAUGGUUACAUUUUUGUACAAAACGUUGUCCUUUUUUGUUCUUUUAUGAAAUUGGACUCUUUUGAAUUGUUGUUUUA